CUCCUUCAUUCUAUCCAUUUCUCUCUUUUGCUCGUUCUGUUUCUUUCUAACAGAUUGAGACUAGAGCAAAAAACGCAUCUUCCCACUGCAGAAUCUUUCCGGACCUCUUUGAUCUGGUGUCCUGGAUCUUCUUCUUCUCCUUCUUUCGGCUUCGUUUUUCUUGAGUGUGAUUGGGGAGAUCCGGUAGCUUCUCCUGUCUUGGCUCGAGAUCCGGGCCAAGUACAGAAGAAUCGGAUUCGGUUUCUGGAUUCAAUAUUUUCUUACUUCGCGAAGAUCGACAGUUUGUGUAUAGCAUUUUUUAGUGUAGAUGGCAUCGAACGAGGGAUUUCUGACGGAUCAACAGAGGGAAGUGUUGAAGAUAGCGAGCAAAAAUGUUGAGAGUUUGUCAUCUUCUCCAAAAUCCCCCACAUCAUUACUUUCUGAACACAUUGUAAAAGCUCCUGCUGGUGGCAAGGCCCAAACUUCUGGUAUUGCUGUGAGGCAUGUGCGUCGGUCGCACUCGGGGAAGCUUGUGCGGGUGAAGAAGGAUGGUGCUGGUGGCAAGGGCACAUGGGGAAAACUCCUUGACACUGAUGGUGAAUCCCAUCUUGAUCGGAAUGACCCAAAUUACGACAGUGGCGAGGAACCAUAUCAGCUUGUGGGAUCAACUGUCUCAGACCCUUUAGAUGAAUACAAGAAAGCUGUUGUCUCCAUAAUAGAGGAAUACUUCAGCACUGGAGAUGUGGAUUUGGCAGCAUCUGACCUCAGAGAACUAGGCUCAAGUGAAUAUCAUCCAUACUUUAUUAAGAGGCUUGUUUCCUUGGCUAUGGACAGACAUGAUAAGGAGAAGGAGAUGGCUUCUGUUCUUCUUUCAGCUUUGUAUGCUGAUGUCAUUAGUCCUGACCAGAUACAGGAUGGAUUUUUUAUUCUUCUUGAAUCUGCUGAUGACCUUGCAGUGGACAUACUGGAUGCAGUAGAAAUCCUCGCCUUGUUCCUAGCUCGUGCUGUGGUCGAUGACAUUGUUCCUCCAGCUUUCCUCACCCGGGCAAAGAAGGGACUGCCUGAAUCUUCUAAGGGAGUUCAGGUUAUCCAAAUUGCUGAUAAGAGCUAUCUCUCAGCCCCACACCAUGCUGAACUUGUGGAGAAGAGGUGGGGUGGUAGCACUCAUGUCACUGUUGAGGAAGUGAAGAAAAAGAUUGCCGACUUGUUGAGGGAAUAUGUGGAGAGUGGAGACACUAUCGAGGCCUGUAGGUUCAUUAGGGAGUUAGGAGUUGCAUUCUUCCAUCAUGAGGUUGUGAAGAGGGCUUUGGUACUUGCCAUGGAGAUUAGAACGGCAGAACCGCUAAUAUUGAAGCUGUUAAAGGAAGCAUCUGAGGAAGGCCUGAUCAGUUCCAGUCAAAUGGUAAAGGGUUUCACUCGGCUUGCAGAGAGCCUCGAUGAUCUUGCUCUUGACAUUCCAUCAGCAAAAUCUUUGUUCCAAUCGCUUGUCCCAAAGGCAAUCUCUGAAGGAUGGCUUGAUGCUUCAUUUGUGAAGUCCCCAGUAGAAGAUGGGGAGGUACCAGAUGAUGCAAAGGUCAGGCGUUAUAAGGAAGAGGCUGUGACUAUAAUUCAUGAAUAUUUUCUCUCAGAUGACAUUCCUGAACUCAUCCAGAGCCUUGUAGAUCUUGGGGCACCUGAGUAUAACCCAAUUUUUUUAAAGAAGCUGAUCACCCUCGCCAUGGAUAGGAAGAACAGAGAAAAAGAAAUGGCCUCAGUUCUACUGGCCUCUCUUCAUAUUGAGAUUUUCUCAAGCGAAGAUAUAGCUAAUGGUUUUGUUAUGCUUCUAGAAUCCGCUGAAGAUACAGCACUGGACAUUCUGGAUGCUUCAAAUGAGAUCGCCCUUUUUCUUGCUAGGGCUGUGAUUGACGAUGUCUUGGUUCCACAUAAUUUAGAAGAGAUGAGCAACAAGUUGCCACUGGAUUCCAGUGGGAGUGAGACAGUGCGGAUGGCCAGAGCACUCCUUUCUGCCCGUCAUGCCGGUGAGAGGAUAUUGAGGUGUUGGGGAGGAGGAAGUGGUUGGGCUGUGGAGGAUGCAAAGGACAAGAUCUUAAAGCUUUUAGAGGAGUAUGACAGCGGAGGCGAUGUUGCUGAAGCCUGCCAAUGUAUUCGUGAUCUUGGCAUGCCUUUCUUUAACCAUGAGGUGGUGAAAAAGGCGUUGGUAAUGGCUAUGGAGAAGAAGAAUGACAGAAUGCUGGAUCUGCUGCAGGAAUGUUUUACUGAAGGGCUGAUUACUAUCAACCAGAUGACAAAAGGCUUUACCCGGAUCAAGGAUGGACUCGAUGAUCUGGCCCUUGACAUUCCAAAUGCAAGGGAGAAAUUCAGCUUUUAUGUUGAUUAUGCACAGAAGAAGGGGUGGCUCUUAUCUUCCUUCGGUUCACAAUCUAUGGAGCUUCGCUAACUCGGGUUGCAGCUUUUUGAGAAAAGCAUAUUUAUUUUCAUUUGUUUUUCUCAUGUAUGUUGUUGCCCGUUGCCAGAUUUUACUGUUGAAAUGAAAUGCUUAUGCUUUUAAGGUGGGGUUAUAGAUAGUGGAAUGUUUGGGUUCCGUCUGAUGUUUUCUCCAGCUGAUGUAUAAAGUUGGUUUUUUCUUUCUUUUGGUUUAAUUAUCGGCAGCAGCUUCUUAGGUCUUUCUUUAGGGGUUCCACAUGAUGUUGCUAUUGCAUGCAAUGUGAUGGUUAGGAUUAUAUCUUUAUGUUCCUCGAAAGCUUUUACAUCGUAUCAGACCAAAAUUUGCUCCAGACUCUCAGAUGCAAGAAAAA